CAGGCUGAGAAGCAGCACGUCCGUGCGUGCGGCGGCGGCGUAAACACAGACUACUGACGGAUUUUACCACCUGACGGAGCGGAGGGGCGAAUGAGCCUCAGUCUUAGGGGUAAAUAAUUGGAUAAAAGUCGCUUUGUGCGGCUCAAAGGUUCAGCUUCAAGCUACAGAUUGUCUUGUUCUGUUUAUAUGCGCCACUCUGUGUGCGCGCACGCGUUUGUUAGUAUUAUUAUUAGUAUUAUUCUUAUUAUACAAGGAUCUACAGGUCUGGCUGCUGACGUCAUAAGGAAUCAUCUCAGAAGAUUUCAGGACCUUUCCAUGUUUAUGGUUAAAAGGAGGAGUUUGGGAAAAGUGAACCAAACUACAAACACUUCGGAUACCCCGCAAUGCCUCGGCUUCAUCAUGUCACAUCAGUUCUAUUAUUCUGUUCUGUGAUGUCACACUGACCCCGCCCAUCCUCUGACUUGAAGGCCAUGAAGGAGGUUCGGAGCUGGUCAACAGCAGACGUUUCUGACUGGCUGUCUGAGGAGGGUAUGCCGGAGUAUUCUGAGACUCUCGGGAACGUAGAUGGUGUGGCUCUUUUGCGGCUUUCUGAGAAGGAUUUUCAAAACCCGCCGUUGUGUUUUGUCGAUGGAGACAAUGGAAGGCGGUUGUUGGAGCGAGUGGAGACCCUGCGCAUAGCCGACCACAUGGGAGACCAUGGAAACAAACGUCAUGUCGAAAAUGGCCAUGUCGAAAAUGGGAAGAUUCACAAUGGGGAGCCAAAGAAUGGAUUUCGAUCAGAGGCUGUCCAGAUCCACAUUCCACUUCCAACCGAAGUGUACGAGCGCACAGUGUUUCCAACAGAAUGGCACAAAACGUGCGUGGCCUUUGGGUAUGCGCUGUGCUGCUUUCUCCUAACAUCGGUCAUGAUUUCUGUCGUGCAUGAACGAGUGCCAUCCAAAGAGGUGUCUCCCCCCCUGCCGGAUAAGUUCUUUGAUCUUUUUGACCGGCGUCAAUGGGCGUUUUCUAUGUGUGAAAUUAACGGCAUGGUCCUUGUCAGCUUGUGGAUCAUACAGUGGAUCCACCUCAAACACAGGUCCAUCAUUGGUCGCCGUUUCUUCUUCAUCGUUGGAACGCUGUACUUGUACCGGUGCGUCACCAUGUAUGUCACCACCUUACCUGUACCAGGCAUGCACUUUAAAUGUGCACCCAAGUUGUCUGGUGCCUGGUGGUCUAUGGGCUGGCGCAUUCUGAAGAUCAUGACGGGUGGCGGUUUGUCCAUCACAGGCUCUCAUGCCAUGUGCGGUGAUUUUCUGUACAGUGGCCACACAGUCAUGCUAACGCUAACGUACCUGUUUAUUAAAGAGUAUUCCCCACGGAGGUUCAGGCCCUAUCACUGGCUGUGUCUCAGUCUGAGUGUCACUGGGAUUUUCUGCAUCCUCUUGGCUCAUGAUCACUACACUGUGGACGUGGUGGUGGCGUACUUCAUCACCACACGCCUCUUCUGGUGGUACCACACUUUAGCCAAUCAGCAGUGCCUGAAGGAGGAAUCCCAUAAUAAUCCAUUUUCUCGCGUCUGGUGGUUUCGUUUCUUUGGCUACUUUGAGGGAAACGUUCAGGGUGUUGUCCCUCGCCACUACGAAGCGCUGGUGCCAUUUCUCCCGUUACCAUGCCGACCAUGUCCAGGGGGCCGGGUGAAGUACAGUCGCAUGGACUCGCUUUAACCUUGAAGAUGGGAAAGACAGCAACAGAGACACAUUUCCCAUCAGCCCUUAAAGCCGGGGCUCAACACUGUGAUGUGGAGUGUUCUUUUUUCCCAAAAAUAAUUUAAACAUUAAACGUCCAUGAAGAAAAAAACGACGUAGCGCCAAGAAGUUGAUUUUAAUAAGCGCAAUGCUGCCGAGAUUUCUCAUCUAAACACACACAAAUAUUUAAGGCAAAGUAACCACCAAAUAGUAUCAGAAGAUUUUUUUAUAUUUUUAUAAGUACACUAUAAUCUUAAUAAUUGUUGUGUAGGAGAGUUUUUCUAAAGACUGCCAGAUUUAUUUUUCCCAAAGUAAAAAAAAAUGUUAAAGUAUUGGAUGUUUUUUAGAUUUGUAUUUUUACUGUAUGCUGGAGCGUCCUGACGGGAGAUUUGAGACUUUUUUCCAGUGCCUUCCUCCUCAGCGAUUCAACACCCCACAGCUGCACGAGCGUGUUAGCUUGUUAGCGUGUUUGUAAUUUGAGCUUGAGCUCUGAAUGUUUAUUUGUCUUGUCGUGACCAGAUCUUAUGAAUGUAGCUUAAAGGCCAAGUUUGCAUCACCUGAUCGUCCAAAGACAUUUCAGAUCUCUCAGAAACGUUCAGUUUUUCCAUUCUGUGCUUAUAAUUAUGUCUGCGGUCUGUUAGGAGUACGGUGGCCUGGAAGUGUAGGACAAAACAAAAAUACACUGCAUUAACUCAGAAUGGGAAGAGGUGUAAAUCAAUCGUCGAUUGUCAGACGGCAUUGUUCAAUUUUGGAUAAAAAGGGGAUGUUCUCCUACAGCAGCUCCGAGAGUUGUGCAGGUUUAGAUUAACAGCUAGUUUAUAUGGGUGUGGAAUAUUUUCCUGUACCAGCGCCCUGAUGUGUUUCUCCUUAAGCGUAUCUGAAUUAACAUCAACAUAAUUAAAAUAAUUGAAAGAUUUAUUUAAGUACUGAGUAAAAAAACGUGAUGUUCUGUAAGGAUCACCUGUUCUGUAAGGAUCACCUCCUUUCUUUUUCUGUUUUUGGUUUGUUAACAUGUUCUGCAUUACAGACUACCGUAACUAAGCGAUUAAACCUGACGAUUACUACAACUCGGGAACUUCAGGUUCACACUUAAAAAAGUUAUCUGUGUAUUAGUUUAAAAUAAUCCCGCACGCAGUUUUAUAUACGGAACCAAAUAUUACGGGAAUAAUAUGACCAAGUAUCAGGAUGUGAUGUUUUAGGUAGUAUUGCUCAACAAUUAGCAUACGUAAUCACAGUGUUAUUUAGCCUCAGGAAGGGCAUCCGGUGUAAAACCUGUGCCAAGUUGUGUCCAAUGUGGAUCAGAUGGUCUGCUAUGGCGACUCCUCAACGGGAGAAGCCGAAAGACUAAUAACAACAGCAACUCAACCAGAAUGUAUAAUAAAAUGAAAUGCUUUCCAGUUGUGUGUUCUGAUUGGCUGAGAGAAGUGCAGUACUCUCCUGUCCUUUUAAUAUAUUAGUGUGUGUGAGGUAUAAUGUUUUAUACAGCUCACAACACAGCGUUAGUACACUAACAUGAAUGUAAAAAUAAAACGUUUAUAUAAUGAUUCUAAAGAAAUGAAUCACUUUAUUACAUCAUUAUAAAAUCUUCAAACUGUCUAUUCUGGAAAAGAGUGUCAUGUCGAUCUUGCAUAAAUUUAGCGCUGUUUGUUGAUGCUCUACGUCUGGUUAGAUUCAAACUAAACACCACAAACAUAGCCGGAGCGAUGUAGCUGCCAGCUUAAACACCUGAUAUGGAAGUGACUAUACCAUUAAACAUGACACUAAUUUUACUAUGUGAUAAAUUCUGUUUAUUUUUUCUUUGUAAAAUAUUAAUGAAAUGUAUUAACCUAUUUGAUUACAAACUUACUGAUAAUUUUAAAAUCAUUCGAUCUGUUUAAGCUGCCAAUCAAACUUAAUUUUUUUGUGUUAAAUUAAAGGUAUUAAUUGUUUUUUUAUGUUUUAUGUGAAUCAGAAACUAAUAUAAGUAAUUAUUUUCCCUUGUCAAUGUUUAUCUGUUUGUUUAUUAAUUAAUGAUUAUAAUUUG